AUGCCUGCUGCAUUCAGAUUUGAUGGCAUUUUAUUGAAAUGUCAGUUUCUCUCCUUUCCUUUUCAGUCUGUUGGUCCUUGUCAGUCAGCCGAGUUUCUUGCAGGCAGCAUAUUGCAGUUGGUGCUGGCAUUGGUUUUUGCCAUUGAGGAGAUCAACAGGAACCCCCACAUUUUACCAAACAUGUCUCUGGGAUUUGAUUUCUAUAAUAUUUUAUUCAGUGAGUGGAAUGCUUUGGAGAGUUCCUUCUUUUGGAUUGGGGCUGGAAAAGUGAUCCCCAAUUACACCUGUAGAAGAGAAAGCAGGUCUGCAGCAGUAUUUAGAGGAAGAUCAUGGAAAACAUCUUCCCAGACUGGGUUACUCCUGGAACUCUACAACUUUCCACAGGUAACAGUGGCUCAACUUGGGCCUUUUGAUCAUACACUGAGUGACCCUGGCCAGUUUCCUCUCCUCUAUCAGAUGGCUCCCAGGGACACAUCUCUGGCUCUUGGCAUGGUCUCCUUGCUGCUUCAUAUGCACUGGACCUGGGUGGGGCUGCUCAUCUCAGAAGACCAGAAAGAUAUUCAGAUUCUCUCAGACUUGAAGCAGGAGAUGGAACAGAAUGGAGUCUGUGCAGCCUUUAUGAAAGUGAUCCCAGAGGACACUGAGUUCAAUCUUCACUUGAUCAUUGAAUCAUCAGCAAAUGUGAUCAUCAUUCAUGGUGACUCUAAUUUUUGGGAAGACUUAAUGUUUGCUAUAGGGCAAUCUUUCAUGACAUGGAAAGUCUGGGUGGUAAACUCACAAUGGCAAGAUGUCAGCAAGAUGAAACAUUUCAUCUUAGGCUCUUCCCAUGGCAUGCUCGUUUUCACCCACCAUGGGGAGAUUCCCAGGUUCACAGAGUUCACCAGCACAGUUAACCCUUCCAAAUACCCAGAAGACAUUUACCUUGCUAGGCUGUGGCACUUCUGUUUUGGAUAUUCCUAUUCUAAAUUGGACUGUAAAACUUUGGAGAGCUGUCCACCAAAUGCCUCAUGGGAAUGGGUGCCUGAGUAUGUUUUUGACAUGUCCAUGAGUGAGGAGAGUUAUAACAUAUACAAUGCCGUGUAUGCUGUGGCCCACACCCUUCAUGAGAUGCUUCUUCACCACGUUGACACACCGAAAAUGGGCAAUGGGGAAGGGCUCCUUUUUUCCCCCUGGCAGCUUCACCCUUUUCUCAAGAAACUAAAAUUUGAAAAUCCUGCUGGAGAACAAGUGAACUUGGAUGAGAAAAUGAAAUUGGAAGCAGCGUAUGACAUUCACAACUUUUGGAAUUUUCCAGAAGGUCUUGGACAUAAGGUGAAAGUGGGAAACUUUUCCGCAUAUGCUCCACGUGGCCAACAACUGUCUCUGCAUGAGGACCUGAUAGAGUGGAGCAUAGGAUUUACACAGGUGGCUCGUUUUGUCUGCACUGAGAGAUGUGGUCCUGGAUUUAGGAAAUCCCCUCAGGAGGGAAAGGCUGCCUGUUGUUUCAAUUGCCAUCCCUGCCCGGAGAACAAGAUUUCUAAUGAGACAGACAUGGACCAGUGUGUGAAGUGUCCAGAUCACCAGUAUGCCAACACAGAGAGAAGCCACUGUCUCCAAAGAGCUGUGACCUUCCUGGAUUAUCAAGAUCACCUGAGCAUGGGGCUGGCCUGCACAGCUCUCUGCCUCUCUGCCCUCACAGCUGCUGUACUUGGGGUCUUCCUGAGGCACCAACACACUCCCAUAGUCAAGGCAAACAACUGGGCUCUAAGCUACAUCCUGCUCAUCUCCCUCACCUUCUGUUUCCUCUGUUCCCUGCUCUUCAUUGGCCGUCCCAACACAGCCACCUGCACCAUGCAGCCAAUAGCAUUUGACAUGGUGUUCUCUGUGUCUGUUUCCACUGUCUUGGCCAAAACUCUCACUGUGAUCCUGGCCUUCAAGGUCACUGCCCAAGGGAGAAGGAUGAGGCGAUUGCUGGUGUCAGGGGCACCUAACUACAUCAUUCCCAGCUGCUUCCUGAUCCAGCUGACUCUCUGUGGAGUCUGGCUGGGCACCUCUCCUCCCUUUGUGGACUCAGACACACACUCUGAACAUGGUCACAUCAUCAUCACCUGCAACAAGGGCUCAGUCACUGCCUUCUACUGUGGCCUGGGGUACCUGGGCUCCCUGGCCCUGGGGACCUUCACGGUGGCCUUCCUGGCCAGGAACCUGCCUGACACCUUCAAUGAAGCCAAGUUCCUGACCUUCAGCAUGCUGGUGUUCUGCAGUGUCUGGCUCACCUUCCUCCCUGUGCACCACAGCACCAAGGGCAAGGUCAUGGUGGCCGUGGAGGUCUUCUCCAUCCUGGCCUCUAGCGCUGGGCUCCUGGGCUGCAUCUUUGCCCCCAAGUGCUAUGUUAUUUUACUGAGACCAGGUAGGAGCUCCCUACGUGGGUUCAGAGAUAAAACUCUUUGUGGGAGUAACAAGCCUUCUUGA